UUAAUUGUAUGGGGACUGGAACUGCAGUGCAAAUAGUUAAACAAAGAGAAAGAGGUUGUUAUUCGUGUUCAGUUGUGACUGAAAGAUGUGGAAUGCGUUUGGAAAUGGAUCAAGCGGGUAUGUGAGCAAGGCGCAAGGCUGGGAGUUCGUCCCGUGUCCUCGACUAGAGAGGCCGGGUAAGAAGGUCCAGAGUCCCGCCCGGGUUCGUUCGUUCCCGAGCAACUUCCUGGAGCAGCUUCCACCUGGAUCGUCCGAUGCGCCGAGUCACGAGCACAGUCCACACACACGCCUUAAAAAGAAACUCGAGGACUUAAAAAAACGCUACGAUCACGAGAAAGAGGAGUGGAGGAUGGAGAAGGAAAUGCUUUUGAGACAAGUUGCUGAUAUUCAAGGUGGAGAAAACAGAAGGAUAUUGUUGGACCUGAAGUGUGUUUUAGAAGAGGUGCAGUCGGGGGUGAAGCGUGAGGAAAGUAGACGGGGUGAGCUGGAACUGCAGAACAUUAAGGAUCGAUGCGCGUGGGAAGUGGAGCGAUCAGAGCUGAAGAGGCGCAUUACUCAGCUGGAAGCGCGGGGAUGUAGCGUGUCGGGGGACACUGUGAGGAGUAAUGAACUAGGGGACACUCUGAAGCGGGAAAGAGCGGAACAAAAGAGGCUUCUGGCAGACACUCACAGCGCAGCGAUGGACCUCCGCAGCAGGCUGGACAGCAGCGAGAAGGGCUGGGUGAAGGAGAAAUCUGAGCUGCUGGAACGCUUCGAGGCUGAGAGGAAGGAGUGGGAGAACCAGCUCAUGGACAUGCAGCGGAAGAUUGAGGAGUUGUACAAUGAAGUGAAGGCUCACCGCACAGGAUGUUCUCUCAGACCAAUUACUGAUGGACAAAAUGCACUAAGGAUCAGCUCAUGUUCUGUCAGCACUUUGUCAAGUGAAGUAACCGAUCCCUCAGAUUCCCAGAGCAAUGAGUAUUCUGAGGCUCUAACCCAGCAAAGCAAUGCAAGCAUCGACUCCCAAACAAGUCAACUCAGUCACAUCACCAGUGAAUCCAGUGACCAGUGCAGCGAUCAAAGCAAACUAUUAAAUCAGCAAAGUACUGGUGAACAAAAGGCCAUAGACACUGCAGAGCUGGAAGAAAUCCUGGAAACCUGUUCGAAAUUGAAAAUGGAGAAUAAGUCCUGCUUCGUUGGACAAGAAGACCUCCUUAACCCUUUCAAACGAUUUCAGAGCAUGGAAAUAACAUGUGGAAGUGACAAAAAGAAGAACAAUACUGCCCUUAAUGCGGCACUUAAGGAAAUUGCCAGUGUGAGUGAAGAACUCUGUAGCUACCAGGAUGAAAUGAGGAAGCUGCCUGAUAUUAAGAGAAGCCGCAGUGAGUCGAUGUUUUUUCCAAGAAAGGCUGAGUUGGCGGAGAGGGUAAAGGAGAAUUUGGAAAUGGAGGAUACAGUUUUGUACUUGAAAAACAUGAGUGAAGACCUUAAAUCCCUUGAUGAGCAAUACUGGAUGAGCUGGGAAAGUUGUAACAUGGAAUCACAGCAAAGGGAUGUGAAGCCGCCAGACAACGUAAGACAACAAGCCCCUCCCAUACCAGUCCGUAGUACAUCUUGGUACAUUAGCAGUCCUUCAGCUUCAGAAUUAGAGUCCAGUGGUACAGAAGAAUUGUGUCAACGACCAGGAACCCAUCCUGAGAGGAAGUACACCAGCCCCGCAAUUGUACGGAAAUUUGAGGCGAUGCUUCAAGAAAACGAGGGGAAAAUUCUGACCGACUCUGGGAAUGUCUCCUGCAGUGAUCCUGCUGAUUCCAAGUGCAAUAUCAGUUUCUGCCAGAGCCGGUGGUCCUGUGAUGGAAGUAGAUUUGCCAGCAACAACUCAUCCAGACUUGUACCUGUUAAAAGAUGCCUUUCCAACAUUGACAUUGCAGCUGAAGCCACUAAUUGCAGUCUAAACCAAAUAGAUGCUGUGUGCAAAAACGAUCUCAAGAGUGCAUCUCAUCUCAUGAACAUGCCUACAGAUUCUGCUGCACCAAUAGACUUCAUUUCGCCAUAUCCUGCCGCUACAGCUACUCCCAGAAAUGAGAGACUUGAGCAGAAAACUGCAGAGUUAAACCGUACACUCUUCCAGGCAGGAAUGGGUCUUCGGUGUGAUGAGGACCUUUCUAUGAAUGCUUCUACUGAUUGUUCUCCAAGUUUACCAGAGGUCAUAUCUACAGAGAGCCCAUCAAUGUAUGUUGAAGACAAUUGGAUCUCGGAUCUUGUGCCGAAGGAGGAGGGAAGAACGAAGGAAACAAAGGACCUUGUCUCUAAGUCUUCAUCUCCAAAGCAGGAAUGUAUUCUACACAAAGAUGUUGAAGUUCAACCUUUUCAGACUGAACACACUACACCAACUUCAGUUGACCCAAGUGUUGGAGAAAUUGGUGUAAGUCCACCACAGUUGCAGAUUCAGAUGGAAAGGUGCAGCAAAGUUGUGGAUGUUAGUACAGAUCAACAUCAAGCAGUCAAAAAAUCCAAACAGGCCAAAAAGGACAUGUGUAGCACCAGGUCUCGGAUUUUAGAAGAAAAUCCAUGGAAGCCCUCGACACUAGCAGCUUAUCCUCGUCCAAUGGAGUCUAGGUCCAACUAUGGAGCUGUUGAGAGGAUUCUCAAAUGUUACGGAUUUGGAGAGAUCUCAGAGCAGAAGCAGUCCCAGCCCAGUCCAGGGAAGGAAGAAGACCUUAUGGACCUCUUGGAAAUGUUGGAUAUGCAACAUGAGCCAAGAUCCAGUCAGAGACUAACACACACACCGCACCACAAAGAGACACAUGUAACAGUGCAGCAAGGCAAAGAGUCCUCUGUAACUAUCAAGAAGAGCUUUUCACGACCCGUGUGUCCGGCAAAGAGGCGUUUGCCCUCUCGUUGGGCUAGCCGCUCGCCCGUCUCAUCUGCAUCAUCUCCCUCACCCCCACCCACAGUCUUCACCCAGAGACAAACACUCGCCUACCACACCUUUCACACAGAGACAGUGAUCUAAAUCUGCGUUAGAUACAGUCCAAUGCCUGUGUAAAUAACACUGUGACUGUUCAAAUGUUGUGUACAUUUCUGUAACCAUGAAAUCUAACUGCCUUUUUCAUUCUUUUGUUUACAUUUUAUUUCUACCAGCCAGAGUGACUUAAAAGUUCACAAAUGAUGGUUUCUGUUUUUAUAAACCAGUCUCUUAUAUUGUAUAGCUGCCAAUGUAGACCUGUUUUCUGUCUAUGCUUCACAUGUGGCCUCCUGUGUGUGUGUGUGUGUGAGGUCUGAUUGAUAAUAUCAAAGCCUGUUUCACAUCAAAUUUGUUAUACCUUUACCAACCUUAACCAAAAUGACUCGUUAAUAUAGAAACAAAUGGAUUCUACACUUAGUUUACGUGCUAAUCUGACGUGAGACAUAUCAUUUAGACAAUGCCUUUGCAGUUCUUUUUCUUAAUUAAUAUACCAAGUGUAUUGAGCAUUUAUACAAAUAAAUAAAAUAUUGACACGCAUUCCUAGA